AUGGAAGUGGGCUUAUUGUUCCAAAAUGUAAAACUUUAUUUGUACUACAACUCCCUCCCUCCCUCCCUCCCUCCCUCUUUGUCUCUGUCCUCCCCCUCCCUCUUUGUCUCUGUCCCCCCCCUCUCUCUUUGUCUCUGUCCCUCCCCCCUCUCUCUUUGUCUCUGUCCCUCCCCUCUCUCUCUUUGUCUCUGUCCUCCCCCUCUCUCUUUGUCUCUGUCCCUCCCCCCUCUCUCUUUGUCUCUGUCCCUCCCCCUCUCUCUCUUUGUCUCUGUCCCUCCCUCUCUCUCUUUGUCUCUGUCCCUCCCCUCUCUCUCUUUGUCUCUGUCCCUCCCCCUCUCUCUUUGUCUCUGUCCCCCCCCCUCUCUCUCUUUGUCUCUGUCCCUCCCCCUCUCUCUCUUUUGUCUCUGUCCCUCCCCUCUCUCUCUUUGUCUCUGUCCCUGUCCCCCUCUCUCUCUUUGUCUCUGUCCCUCCCCCCCCCUCUCUCUUCUCUGUCCCUCCCCCUCUCUCUUCUCUGUCCCUCCCCCUCUCUUUUCUCUGUCCCUCCCCCCCUCUCUCUUCAUCUAUCAGCAUCCAACCAUCCCCACCAUUUUACAGCAGUUCCUCUCCCCCUCUUUCUCUCUCUCUCCACCUCUCUCUCCCUCUCUCUCUUUCUCCCUCUCCCAUCUCUCUCUUUCCACUCUUUCCCCACUUUCUCUCUCCCCUCUUUUUCCCCUUCUCUCCCACUUUUUCUCUCCCCUCUUUUUCCCCUUCUCUCCCUCUUUUUCCCCUUCUCUCCCCUUUUCUCCUUCUCUCCCCUUUCUCUCCCCUCUUUUUUUUCUCCCUUUCUCUCUCCCUCUUUCCCCCUUCUCUCCCUUUCUCUCCUCCCUUUUCCCCCUUUUCCCCCUUUUCCCCCUCUCCCUUUCCCCUUCUCCCCUCUUUCCCCCCCUUCUCCCCCUUUCCCCUUUCCCCCUUUCCCCUCUCCCCUCUUUUCCCCCCCCCAGUUUCUCCCCCCUCUUUCCCCCCCUUCUCCCCCUUUUCCCCCUUCUCUCCAGUUUCUCUCCCCCCCUCUUUCCCCCUUCACUUUCUUUCUCUCCCUCUUUCCCCUUCUUCUCCACUUUUCUCUCCUCUCUUUUCCCCUUCUCUCCCACUUUCUCUCUCCCCUCUUUUCCCCUUCUCUCCCACUUUCUCCCCCCUUUCCCCUCUCUCCCCUCUUUUUCCCCUUCUCUUCUCUCCCCUCUUUUUCUUUUCCUCCCUUUUCUCUCCCCUUUUCUUCUCUCCAGUUUCUCUCUCCCCUUUUUCCCCUCUUUCUCUCUUUCUCUCUCCCCUCUUUUUCCCCUUCUCUCCUUUCUCUCUCCCUCUUUUCCCCCUUCUCUCUUUCUCUCCCCCCCUUUUCCCCUUCUCUCCCCUUUCUCCUUCUUUUUCUGUGUCAUAGAAAAUGGGAAUAUCUCUCUUUUUCUCCAUCAUUGUUCUCGUGUACGUUGUACAAAUGCAGAACAGCCAGCUUCUGCUUGUAUUUCUUUUGUUUGUCUCUCUUUAUGUUGGUAUUGUCUUCCUCUCUUUUUGCAACUCUCGUCCCCCUCUCUUUUUGCUACUCUCGUCUCACUCGUCUGCCUCUCUUUGCCCCUCUCGUCAUCUUCCCAUUUAGUUGAAUUUUUCUUCCUUGUCUCUCCCUUUCCAUUGCUUUUAUCUGCUUCCCUUUUCGUCACUCUCAUCUGCCUCCCUUUCUCAUCACUCUUUCAUUGCACCCCACUUCUCUCCAUUUUAAGCCCUUUUCCUUUUGCUUCUUUGAUCUCUUUUGCUCCUUUACCAUGCUCCCUGCCCCUGAUGUCUCUUGUUCCUUCGCCACACUCUCUAACCCUGUCUCUCUCUCUCUUCCUGGUGUUCCUCUUUAGUGUCUGUUUUCUCUUUCCACCCUAUCCACAUCCCACAAACACACACUUUACUUCCUCAUCUUCCCAGGUUUCACUCUCUCCUAAUUUCAAAAGCUCACUUGGUCUAUUUUCUUCUUUUUUUUUAAUUCUUUACCUGUUUUGUCAUCUUUGCUCUUUCUUGUUGUAUCUAUCUUAUUCCAUUUUAUUCAGGACUUGUUUCUUCCCUCUUUGUUUAAUUUUCUGUUCUUGGCCUUUUUGUCCCACACUUCCAUCUUUUUUAAUCUCUGCCUAUUAUUUGGCAUCUUCUUUUUUUUCUUUUUUCAAAACUAUUCUUUUCCUAUUUCUUUCUUUUUUUUAUUCUUGGUUCCUUCCUUCCUUGUCAGUCCUUCCUUCCUUCCUUCCUUGUCAGUCCUUCCUUCCUUGUCAGUCCUUCCUUCCUUCCUUCCUUGUCAGUCCUUCCUUCCUCGCUUCCUUGUUGAUCCUUUCUUCUUCGCUUCGUUGUCGGUCCUUUCUUCUUCGCUUCGUUGUCGGUCCUUUCUUCUUCGCUUCGUUGUCGGUCCUUUCUUCUUCGCUUCGUUGUCGGUCCUUUCUUCUUCGCUUCGUUGUCGGUCCUUUCUUCUUCGCUUCCUUGUCAGUCCUUUCUUCUUCGCUUCCUUGUCGGGCCUUUCUUGUCGGGUCCUUCCUUCCUUCCUUGUCGGUCCUUCCUUUCCUGUUGGUCCUUCCUUCCUUCCUUGUCGGUCCUUCCUUCCUUCCUUGUCGGUCCUUCCUUUCUUCCUUGUCAGUCCUUCCUUCCUUCCUUCCUUCCUUGUCAGUCCUUCCUUUCUUCCUCGCUUCCUUGUCAGUCCGUCCUUCCUUCCUCGCUUCCUUGUCGGUCCUUCCUUCCUUGUCGGUCCUUCCUUUCUCCCUUCCUUGUCGGUCCUUCCUUUCUCCCUUCCUUGUCGGUCCUUCCUUUCUCCCUUCCUUGUCGGUCCUUCCUUUCUCCCUUCCUUGUCGGUCCUUCCUUCCUCGCUUCCUUGUUGUUCGUUCCUUCCUUUCUUUUUCUGCAUAUUUCUCUCAGAUCCCCCCCCGCAAGUCCCACUUCCAGUCCUUUUCCAAUAAACUGGUAAAUAAGUCUCACACCCUCCUGUUAUCAACUCUCAAGUGCUCCAUUCUUACCUCUUUCCUCAUUUGUCAGCACCCCUCCACUGUUAAUUUCUUACUGUCCCCUCUCUCUUUGAUUUUCUUGAAGAGAAAAUUGGCUCUUUACCCUCCUCCAGUCUUACAAUGUUUAGUUCCACACUCCCCCUUCCAUCAAUGUCUUUGCUUGCCUUCUCCCCCUUCCAUCAAUGUCUUUUGCUUGCCUUCUCCCCUUCCAUCAAUGUCUUUGCUUGCCUUCUCCCCCUUCCAUCAAUGUCUUUGCUUGCCUUCUCCCCCUUCCAUCAAUGUCUUUGCUUGCCUUCUCCCCCUUCCAUCAAUGUCUUUGCUUGCCUUCUCCCCCUUCCAUCAAUGUCUUUGCUUGCCUUCUCCCCUUCCAUCAAUGUCUUUGCUUGCCUUCUCCCCCCUUCCAUCAAUGUCUUUGCUUGCCUUCUCCCCUUCCAUCAAUGUCUUUGCUUGCCUUCUCCCCCCUUCCAUCAAUGUCUUUGCUUGCCUUCUCCCCUUCCAUCAAUGUCUUUGCUUGCCUUCUCCCCUUCCAUCAAUGUCUUUGCUUGCCUUCUCCCCCUUCCAUCAAUGUCUUUGCUUGGUCUCACUCUCUCUCUCUCUCUCUCUCUCUCUCUCCCCUCCUCCUUUGAAACCAACAGCAGCCAUGAAUAACUACACCACUCAUCAUUACCACUUUAAACCCCACCCAGGAGAUGGGAAGGGAUUUAUUGACCACUUGAAUGCAGAAGACAAGACUUUGUUUGUCGCUCUCAUUGUAAUGGGUAUUGCUGUUCCAUGCAUAUUCUUGUCAGUGUUUGCACUUCUGUGCAUCCGCAAGCAUAAAGAGAAAAAAGCCAGAAGGGCUGAGAUGCUGUUGCGGAAUGCUCAAGAGAUUGCAGUUGAUGAUCCCCGCCGGCCAGAAAUGAUCAUGGACCACAGAUACUGA